CUAAUCAUCACUACUCCUUCAUCGAUCUUCACCUUCGAUACCUUCACUACACUCCUUCACAACCACAACCAACCACACUCGUUAAACACAAACACAAUGUUCGCCAAGCAGAUCAUCACCUCUAUCCUCUUGGCCGUCGCCAUGACUUCGGUCACCGCCGCUCCCACCGUCAACGAAAGGGACAUCGCGAUCAAGGGCCUCACUGGUGGCGACUUCCACCUCAAGCAGAACGACGUUGACCUCGAACACUCGCUCCGACAACGUCAGAUGGGCGGUAACGCUUACACUGGCGCUUCCGGUAACACCGAUGGAGGGGAUGCCAUCACUUACCAAGGAAUGGGCCAGGGUAACAGGAACGGAGCCAACAACGGAGGCCUGCUCGGAGGCAACGGAGGCUUGCUCGGCGGUAGCUUGCUCAACCUCAAGGCUGCCAACAUGGGCGGAAACGGCGGACGAGGUGGACAAUCUACUACUGGCAACGCUCACGGAGGCAACGGUGGUGCCGCCAUGCAGCAACCCGCUCCCGCCCCCGCUCCCCAGCAGAACAAUGCGGCUCCCGCUCCCCAACAGGACCACGCCGCUCCUGCUCCUCAGCAAAACAACGCCGCUCCGGCUCCGGCUCCCGCUUCUGCUCCUAUGGCUGGCACUGGUGGCAACGCUUACACUGGCGCGAGCGGCAGCGCCCAGGGUGGUAACGCUGUCACUCACCAAGAGGGACUCAUCAACGCCGACUUGCUCAACCUCGGGGGUGGAAACGGUGGAAGGGGUGGAAUGUCGGGCUCUGGUUCUGCUUACGCCGGUCACGCCUAGAGAGAUCGCUACUGUUGUCACUUUCUUCUACUCUCGACCGCCUUUUGGGACGGGGAUGACCUUGUUUAGAUUGACGAUACAAUGAUGUUUUUAUCUUUCAAC